CAACUCCUACCUGCCGCACACAAAUUCAACUCUAUCUUUGUUUGCCCCUCUUUCAGAGACAGCAAGAUCGCCCAGCUGUUGAGAGACUCUUUGGGUAACCUGUCGUGUCGUACCUGCAUGAUAGCACACGUGUCAUCAGCGGUACCUCACUACAACGAGAGUCUUCAGGUCAUCCAACUGGCCGCUCGCAUACACAGGAUGAAGCGGAGGAGGAUCAAAUUUUCGAGCACCAGCUCCGAGGACAGCUCCACAGACGGUGAUGUGAAGUUCCGCCGGCCGUACCGCGGUCUGCGAAUGGGCACACUGCGAGAAGACAUCCUCUACUCAUCCUCCCACUCUGACCCAGAUUACACCUCCAGCAGUGAGCAGUCGUGCGACACUGUCAUCUACAUCGGCGCCAACGGCCAGUCGCUCAGCGACAGAGAGCUCACGGACAAUGAAGGUCCUCCCCGCCACGUCCCACGGACUAACCCGAGGCUUCCUCGAAGACCUAGUGGGUCGCGCUCUUCAGGGGAUGAUUCGGACAGUGGUCGCAGCGUGCACUCUGUCAAGAGCAUGGAUUCGAGACUGCCUGUCAGAUCACUCAUGUCCCCGCCACCUGGGGGACCCUUAAUGGCUGUGAAAAUGGGUCAGACACAGUCUACUCCUGGUUCGCCGAACCCUGGCCUUGUGAAGAUGGGUCAUAGAAUGGGUGGACUUCACUCGAAGACGGCCUCAGGGCAUGGUAGCGAUACUUCGAGUGCUGGUGGACACUGGCAAGACAAACCGGCUAAAAUCCAUUGCCACGCCUCGCAGAGAGAGCUCGCCAAAGCAAUUCAUGAAAAGCAGCAACCUCUUCAGGGAGAGCAGUGGAUCGACGGUCCGGGGGCUGCGAUCUACCCAGAGAAAUCAAACAGCGAAAUGUGGGUGGACGGACCUCAGGCCUUCGUUGUACAACAGCAACCUCAGUCAGCUCUCUCGUCGUCACCUUCAUCGCGGGGCGACGCACAGCAGCAACAACAACAGCAGCAGCAACAACAACAGCAUCAUCACCAUCGUUCAGAAAGUGGGUCAUCGUCCCACCACCAUCGGUCCGACUCAGGCUCUCGGCGCGUGGCGCCAAGAAAGGUAGACGCCGAGGAGCAGUGGGUGGAUGGCCCUAGAGAGAUGGUGGCUGGCAGCAAUCCCUCUCAGCCUUUACACACUUGCAGUAAAGUGUCACACCAGCCCAAGACGAUUAUGUCCACAGGUGUCAGCGAGAAGGCGUUGAAGCAAGCGUUAGUGAAACAUAUCAUGGAGACAAAGGAGCGUCCGGAGAGUAGCGUCAGUGUGGACAGCGACUCGUCCCUAGCGGUGCAGGCGGCCGAGUCUAGGCCCACCAGCAUCCACAGCAGCGACGAGCAGGCUAAGCACUCGGCCAAAGAGUCAGCCGCACCAUGUGCGAGUUCUGACUCUGCAAGUAAACAUGCGGAUAUUUCGUCUUCGAGUCCGCUGCUAUCAAGCAAAAAGCAAAAACUGUCCUCUGAGCAACAGAAGAAAACGCAACAACCGCUAUCUCGAGGUUCCCCUAAAGCCUCCCCCUCUCCUUCCCCUGGGGUUUCUCGUAAAUGCAGUAAGCUAGAAUCUUCUCACGGUCCGAGGUUACAGAAAUCUCAACUGCCGGGCUCAGCUAGCCCCACCCACCGUGUUGUUCAGUGGAUCAAGUCAGUGGCGACAGAGCAGCCAGCAGCUGCCCCGCCCUGCCCCAACGUAACGAGCUCCGACCUGCAGGGGACCGAACAGUCAGAGACCGUUGUGAUGGCUGAUGCUGAGACCAACACGGAGCACGAUUCUGAUUUCGAACGAAUGGCAGAGGAGGGCGGUCUGAAAUCGUCUGACAGUAGUGAUGAAUCUCAGGCUGUGAAUUUGUCUGGAAAAAGCAGUGACCAAACAAUAGCUAAAGACGAUAGGCGCAAUAAUACCAUCAUGGCUGAAGCAAGUCUCGACAGUAGUUUUGACGCUUCUUGUGUUACUCGAGACUCCAUUUAUGAAAUGGAAGUAGAAGAAAGAUUAGAACUUAUGAAGGCAAAGGACGGGUCUCAUUUGGCUGCGGAGGUGGAUAACGAAACGUUCAGCAGCUUGUCUUGCAGCAAUCGCGACCCCGAUGAGCUGGAUCGCGAUCAGGGAAGUGCCGAAACAGAAUCACUUUUGGUACAGCACACGACAGCGCUCACCGAGUCCAGGCAGACGGCGAGACUCGCUCGUCACCUCGCACGAGGCCAAUGUAAACGGGACCCCUCACCAAUCAACUCGGAUUACGAGAAUGAAAUGCUGGAGGCUAGCCGGCCUUUGCUGAGUCGCAAACCUGAUGGAGCUUCCAAUCCAAACCUUUUGAAAAUGUUUUCAGAAGAAGAUCCUUUGGGAAAAGAGAAGUUGCACUCUCUUCCCAGUGCGGGUGUUGACACUAUGUACGUCAUGGCCAGCCACAAUGAUUCAGGUAUUGACUUCCCAACUACCUCAUCGCGUUCGUGCAGAACUGAGUUAGGUGACGACGACACGUGUGCUUGUGAAAACGACCUGGCUGGGCAGUCUCUCUGUGGGAAAGACGAUUGCUGCAGUGGUAACAUUUAUAAUUCUUUAAGAUCUGGUACAAAGAGCAAGCCACCAUUACCUUCAAAAGCCUCCCCUACCCUAAAACAAAGCGGCGUCCCAAAGAUAUCCUCAGGCAGCCCACCCUCCCCUAAUUCAUCGAGAUCUAUUUACUGUACUGCUAAGAUUCCUGGAAGAGAAUCCCCUGUAAUGCAGCAGAAGUCUCCUGCCCUUCACAACGCAAAGCUGUCAGGGGUGCCAGUAGUAAACUCUGGCGUGCGUAACAAAUUGUGCUCUCGCAGCGAAAAGACUAGUGUCUCUUCGUCGGGCACUUCCCAGAGUCCCCUAUCCUCGGCCACAUCCAGCCCUCUCGUGACCACCUCGAAAUCAUCGUCAUCUGCGAACUCCUCCCCGUCUCAAAAAGUCAUAAACGGGGCAGGCAGUGGUAGUGGUAGCAGUAGUAAGCUUCCGUCCUUCUGCGCCUCCAGAACGUCAUCACCGCUGCUAAAGGAAAACGGGAAAUCACGAAAGAAAGAUAAGGAGAAGGAAGUAAAAGGCGGCAGCUCUCGUGGUACCAAACUCUCGGAGCUCAUGCAUCGGGGCAAGGGAAAUGACUCUGACAGUGGCAACGACAGCGGAAUUGUAGCACACGAGAAAAGGCUGCUCUCCCCUUACGCGACUGUGACGAAGCCCAGAACACCAAGCCACUCUAGCAGUGGACAUGGUAGUGACAAUAGCACCAUCAGCACAGAGGUUCACCCCGGGAACAAGAGACCUGUUGCCAAGGUAGAGAACAUCCAUGGAGGGACCAGCAGUGGCUACGAGAGUAUGUUACGAGACAGCGAGGCUACGGGGUCUUCAUCUGGACAUGAAGACAGUGGCAGCGAGUCUUCCACCGAAAAUAAGAAGGGAUCAAAACGGAAGGGAACAAAAAGGAGUCGGUCUGCUCCGGCACGGUCCAAUGACAGCUCUCCACCAUCCUCCAGUCAGCCCAGCCAGGCCGGGAGUCGGUCAGCAGGCCCAGCCCACAGGGCCUGGGUGGACACCAGGCAUAUUCACAAGGUCAAGGAUGAGCCGUUAGAGCUGAAGAGAUAUGACCCCGAGGAUGUAGAAAGAAUGGGAAGGAGAAGGCAGGAUGAAACUGAGGCUCGGUUGUCUCCAGAGAGUAAUGGAAAAGAUGAUGAAGGUAGAGGAGAUGUUGAUCCCAAGGAUAGAAUAGAGAUGGAGCAGAGUGGCUGGUCCUUUGACUGCAAGUUUCUUAUGUGCUUCUCAUGCAAGUCCCGGCAAAGGGCAGCAGAUGUCUAGCAGGGAAUACCAAGAUGUAUACAUUAAUGAUUAUAUAUCUGUCUCUCUUGUUAGGUGGUGGAAGGGAUUUUAUCCUCAAAUAACAGAAUCUGAUGGGUUUUUAGUGUCUUACCAUCCAUCCACUUAACUUUUCCUCAAGUUGUCAACAUUAUUUAUAAGAAAGAACUGUUUUCUGUGGUACUCUUCCAAAAUAUAUUUUGUAACUUAAAAGUUGAUACUAGGGGGCUAUCAAUAAAACAAUGUGGAAACAAAAUAUCAAAAUAAAGUUUGUAGUUAUACAGAGAGUUGCUUUGUUUUGGACGUAAAUUGUUUUCUGAGAUCUGGACUUUGAAAGUUGAGGGAUGUGUAACAUAUUAGUCUUUAAGGAUGAGGAGAUAUUACCACAGUACUUUGUGUCAUUAAUUUGAAGGCUGUGUACGUUUUAUUUUCUGUAUGUAUAACAGAGUUAUGGUUUUGGCGUGCAAGUUUUGGAUAGAUGUCAAAAGAAAGAUACUAUACAUAGAGGAGAAAGAUUGAGAGAGAGAGAGAGAGAGAGAGAGAGAGAGAGAGAGAGAGAGAGAGAGAGAGAGAGAGAGAGAGAGAGAGAGAGAGAGAAAUAGAGA